AUGAAGCUCAGCCAGCUUCAGGAGCUUAUUUCGGACACUUCCUCAGCCAGGUUGGAGAGUGGUGUGCAGGCCGGUCUCCAAAUCUUGAGCGACAUCGAGGCGGCACUUGCAGAGGCAAAGACCGUGCCCGAGAUUGCUCAAUGGAUCAAAACAAGCAACGAGCUUCGGUCCCAGACUGCGUACCGACGCACCGUAGUUGGCGUCGUUGGCAGCACUGGCGCGGGCAAAAGCUCAGUCAUAAACGCCGUCCUUGACGAGGAGGGUCUCCUCCCGACUAACUUCAUGCGCGCUUGCACGGCAGUCGUCACCGAGGUUGCCUACAACCCCUCUGACCGCAUCGACGAAAAAUACCGCGCGGAGAUUCACUUCAUCAGCAGAGAAGAGUGGAUCAACGAACUGAGAAUUCUGCUCAGCGAUAUGACCCAAGCUUCUGACCCGCUUGGGACGGAUGAGCCCAGUAGUGAAAGCGACGCCGGAGUCGCUUUUCACAAGAUACGCUCGGUGUAUCCCUUCUUGGCGAAGGACGAAAUCAGGAAAGGAAAAUUCGACCCUUGCGAGUUGACGGCGCACCAUACAGUCAAGGGGCUCCUUGGAAGUGUCCAGCACAUUAAGAGCCCGACGGCUCAGGAGUUUCUCGCACUUCUCAAGAAGUUCAUUGAUUCUAAGGAGAAAACUCCGGGACGGGGGAAGGAUCCCGAUGCCAUGGAGUACUGGCCGCUGAUCAAGGUCGUUAAAGUGUUCGUGCGAUCACCCAUUCUUGCAUCAGGCCUUGUGUUGGUCGACUUGCCUGGUGUUCAGGAUUCGAAUGCUGCCCGCUCCGCAGUUGCUUCGAAAUACAUCGAGCAGUGCACCGGACUUUGGGUUGUCGCGCCCAUCACUCGAGCGGUCGACGACAAGUCGGCCCAGACCCUCCUGGGAGACUCGUUCAAACGGCAGCUGCAGUUUGACGGGGCAUAUUCCAGAGUCACUGUCGUAUGCUCAAAGGCCGAUGAUCUCUCGGUAACAGAAGCCUUGAAGUUGAUUCCCGAGGGGGAGCGCGCCCAUCAACUUCAUGCGCGGGAACAGCUUCUCCAGACGGAGCGCGAAAAGCUCCAGGAGGAAGUGAACGAACUCAAGCACCGAAAUUCUGAGAUCGACAGUCAAAUUAGCCAACUUCUUACGUACAUCGUGUCCCUCAGAACGGCUCUCGACCGCUCGGACGGCCGGGAGAAUCUCCUGGUUUCUCCGGGGGGCACCCGAAAGCGGUCCUCUAGACGAGCCAAGUCUGGUGCUCUUAAGCGCCUUCGGCUUCAAUCCAGCGAUGGGACGAGUACCGAGGACACACACUCCGAUCAGGAGGAAUCAACUGAAACCGAGCCGGAGAUGGAACAAAUCUCAAGGGAUGUCGCCGCACAGCGACUGAGAGAGGCUGAUGAGCAGCUGUCCGCUGCGCACGCGGAAAAGAAGGCCCUGAAAAAGCCUCUAGCCUCGCAGAGAAAGGCACUCCGAGAGCUGAAGGCCGACUUGAAGUCGCUCAAUUCAGAGAUCAAGCAUGCUUGUGUCAAGUGGCGCAACGAUCGCACUCGGCCGUUGAUACAAUUCCAGUUUGCCGAGGGCAUUCGAGAGAUGGAUUUGGACAACGCUGCCGAGGAGAACGAGAAUUCCGACAGCAGCCAAGUCCGACGGAACUACGAUGACAUUGCCAGAAAACUCCCAGUUUUCUGCGUGUCAAGCAAGGCGUACCAGAAGAUGUCAGGAAGACUGAAAAUUGACGACCAGGUUGCCGGUUUUCCGGGUCUCGAAGACACGGAAAUUCCGGCAUUACAGAAACACGCGAUGGAAACGGCCGACGAGACACGGUCGGCAACCUGCCGCCGCUUCCUGACCGAUCUCAGGAACUUCUUAACAUCGGUGCAUCUCCAGGUCGUCCUCUCGGACCAGCCGACGAAGCUGGCCGACGAUAUGCGGGAGGCGGAACUUCGAUACCUGGAGAAAGCGAUGGACGGUUUGAGGAAGGACCUCAAUUCCGCACUCACACAAGCUUUUUCUGUAUGUCGGGAGGUCGUUGACUGCUGCAUCUUCCGAAGGUCCAAUAUGGCGGCCAAGGUCGCAGAGGACGCCGCGAUUGCUACGGUCAAUUCCUGGAUUUGCCCCGCAACCGACGGAGGUUUGGCAUAUCAAACCUUCCGUGCUACUUGCGUUCGUGAUGGCGCAUUCACAGGGGCCAGGGGAGCGAUGGACUUCAAUGCAGCGCUUGCAAAGCCCUUCCUGAAGCAUCUCUCAGGGUCAUGGGAGUAUGUCUUCGAGAGCUACUUUCCUGAGCUCAUCGAGAAGCUCGUUGCUCGCUUCGGACAGGCCUUGAGCGCUUUCCGUUUGCAGAUGGACAAGCGACCAGAACUCAGAAAGAUCCCCUCCUUUGCGUUGGCCAUACACCGGGUCAAAAUUCUCGAAAACAAUCUUUCAGAUAUGGCGAAUCUGAUGGAAGUUGUCAAGACUGGACAGAAAAAGGCCAACCGGCUCAUCGUCCCGGCACUGACUGAAGCGAUGGCCGUCGCCUACGGACAUUGUGCCGGAGAGUCGGGUACGGGCUGCUACAAACGGAUCAAAGCAUACAUGCUUGACCAUGUAGAGCGCAAUCAAGGCACCAUGUUUCGAGCAGCCGCCCGCAAAAUGGAGAGUGCUCUCCUGAGCACCGUCGACGACUUUGAGGCGGAAGUGAAGGCCGAAGCGAGUCGCAUCGUGUUGCUCAUUCAGACGGAUUUCCGCGCUGUUGUGGCCCACCAAGACAUCUUCAAGGCGCUGUCGACCGCCCGCGACGACGUCCGCAACCUACUUGCACAAGUCGAUGGACGAUUUGAGCAGAUUCUGAAAAUGCAAGUCACUCAGGCGCCGCCACCUGUCACGAUCAAGCAGGAGAUGCCGUCUGAGACAUCCGAUUCCGCUUCUGAUUAA